GGACGACGGACUUCUUCAAGGCCCAGGUGAGAAAGAGAUCCACAUGAGUACUGGCUGAGAGCCUUCGGAGUUCUUUGAGACUAGAGCAAAUUACCCUAAAUGGAAAGAAUACUGAUGGGAAUUCCUUAUGGGAAUCCUGAAACCAUGGAUCACCUAUAUAUGCUUUGAGACAUGCUUUAGAUGUUUUUUCUGGAAGCCCUGCAACUGCCUAAAAAUUGAAUGUAUCAUUGAAAAGACCUGUGGCCAAUGGUGGCAGAGUCUACAUAGAACUAUGCUUCGUGGUGUUCUGGGAAAAACCUUUCGGCUUAUUGGCUAUACUAUUCAGUAUGGCUGUAUAGCUCAUUGUGCUUUUGAAUACGUUGGUGGUGUUGUCAUGUGUUCCGGACCAUCAAUGGAGCCUACAAUUCAAAAUUCAGAUAUUGUUUUUGCAGAAAAUCUUAGUCGACAUUUUUAUGGUAUCCAAAGAGGUGACAUUGUGAUUGCAAAAAGCCCAAGUGAUCCAAAAUCAAAUAUUUGUAAAAGAGUAAUUGGUUUGGAAGGAGACAAAAUUCUCAGCAAUAGUCCAUCAGGUUUCUUUAAAAGCCAUAGUUAUGUGCCAGUGGGUCAUGUGUGGUUAGAAGGUGAUAAUCUACAGAAUUCUACAGAUUCCAGGUACUAUGGACCUGUUCCAUAUGGACUAAUAAGAGGACGUAUCUUCUUUAAGAUUUGGCCUCUGAAUGAUUUUGGAUUUCUACGUGACAGCCCUAAUGGCCACAGAUUUUCUGAUGAUUAGCAAGCAUUUAUUCUUUUGAUUUGAUUAUUGUCUUCUGUUAAAGUGAAUUUAUUAUUGUCACUGAAACCAUGUUACUUACUAAUAAACUAUUUGCUAUUCA